CAACCAACAGCAGAUAUGAAAAAUAUCCGAAGCGCCAAAACGAAUGAAGAAGCCUCCAAGUUGGACGAUAAACUUGAUUACAAGAAUAUAACUUCGAACAUGAGUAGCUAUUACCUCGAAGAACUUGAUAACGCCGACGAUGAUAAUGAUAAGGACAAGAUUUGGCAUCCUUGUAACGAUACAGUCCCCGAAGAUUGGCUGGGCCCAAAUGAUCAUGAAAAUGCUGAAAAGGAAGUUCUAAUGAGCUACAUAAAGACUGCUGAAACGGAUCAUACCGGUAGGAUCGAAGCUGAAAAAGACAAUCACAAGGCACUCACUUAUAACCAAAAACUAAAAAUGGAGAACAUUAAUAAAGCGGUUAAACAUAAUUACAAGGAUAGACUAAAUGGCGAAAAGGAAGCCUCAAUGAAGAAUCGAAAAUUUGUCGGAGUGAGUUACGCCGAUAUAGUUGAAGCUGAGAAAGAAGAAAAUAAGGCACACACUUACUAUCAACAAUCGACGAAAAUGGAUAAACCUAGUCAACCACGUAAUAAGAAAAAUAAAGUCCGCAAUGCACCAAAACGAAAAAGAUGA